CAAAGUGAAGCUGAUAGUAUUCCUACAUUUCAACUUGUUCUUGUUCUGAAGAUAGACCGUGCCCAGUCAUGCUGUCUUUUUAGGACUCUUAAGCUUUUUUCACUGAUGGAGAUGAAACCUCCUAUUUCCCGAGCAAAAAUGAUUCUCAUCACAAAAGCUGCCAUUAAAGCUAUUAAGCUCUACAAGCAUGUUGUCCAGAUUGUGGAGAAGUUCAUCAAAAAGUGCAAACCGGAAUAUAAAGUCCCUGGAUUGUACGUUAUUGACUCUAUUGUUCGUCAGUCUCGUCACCAGUUUGGAACAGACAAAGAUGUUUUUGGGCCAAGAUUCUCUAAAAAUAUUACUGCCACAUUCCAGUAUUUGUAUCUCUGUCCAUCUGAAGACAAGAGUAAAAUAGUCCGUGUCCUCAACCUUUGGCAGAAAAAUGGAGUAUUUAAAAUUGAAAUAAUUCAACCUCUUCUGGAUAUGGCAGCAGGAACUAGUGCCACUGCACCAAUGACAGAAAAUGCUACUAAUAAUGAAGGUUCGCCGCCCCCUCCAGCAAAGGUUCCUUCGGACCCCCCUCAAGUUACUGCUAACUCAGUACCUACUGUGCCACAGUUGCCCAGUUCUGAUGCCUUUGCAGCUGUAGCUCAGUUGUUUCAAACAACGCAAGGACAACAGCUUCAGCAAAUUCUUCAGACUUUUCAGCAGCCUCAAAAACCCCAGUCACCCGUCAUAGAUAACACUGUGAUGGCUCAGGUUCAAGCUAUUACUGCGCAGCUGAAAACUACAGCAGCACAACCACCAGAACAGAAAGCUGCUUUCCCACCACCUGAGCAAAAAACAUCAUUUGACAAAAAGCUGCUAGAUCGUUUUGACUAUGAUGAUGAACCAGAAGCAGUGGAAGAUUCGAAGAAAGAAGAUUCAGCUCCUUCUCCUUCAGUUUCUCAGCCAGCUUUGACCUCUCUCUCAUUCAGUGCACAGGCUGGAUGGUGCUCAAUAUCUGGUGGAUUUCCAGGAGAAGGUAUGCAACAGCCAGUAUUUCCUCAACUCCCAAAUAUGGAUCCUUUUCAGCAGCGAAUGAUGGGAAUACAACAGGAUCCAAUGCGUCACCAGGUUCCGCUUCCUCCUAAUGGGCAAAUGCCAGGUUUUGGUCUUCUGCCUACCCCGCAGUUUCCACCUAUGGCCCAGCCUGUGAUUCCACCAACAGCACCUGUGCAGCAAACUUUUCAGUCUCCUUUUCCAGUACAGAGUGAAUCACACAUGCAAAAACCACAUCAGCAGGAUAUGGAAGUGGAACAGCCACCCAUUCAGGAGGGAAAACGGCAUGUUUCUGACAACAGAAAGUCAAGAUCUAGAUCUGCAUCAAGGUCACCUAAAAGGAGACGUUCAAGAUCUGGCUCCCGAUCUCGAAGGUCCCGUCAUCGUCGAUCUCGAUCUCGGUCCAGAGAUAGACGCCGACACUCUCCUAAGUCUCGGUCACAAGAAAGACGUGAACGUGAGAGGGAGAGAGAACGCAGGUCAAAAGGCCUUCCUCAGAUCAAGUCAGAAACUGUUAGUGUUUGUAGUACUACGCUUUGGGUAGGACAACUUGACAAAAGGACAACUCAGCAAGAUGUUGGAAGUCUUUUGGAGGAGUUUGGCCCAAUUGAAUCAAUAAAUAUGAUACCGCCUAGAGGAUGUGCCUAUAUUGUAAUGGUUCACAGACAAGAUGCUUACCGUGCCCUACAAAAACUGAGCCGAGGAAACUUCAAAGUCAAUCAGAAAUCUAUAAAGAUUGCAUGGGCUUUGAAUAAAGGAAUAAAGCCAGAUUACAAGCAGUAUUGGGAUGUAGAAUUAGGUGUUACUUACAUACCAUGGGACAAAGUGAAACCUGAAGAUCUUGAAAGUUUCUGUGAAGGAGGAAUGUUGGACAAUGAAACUCUUAGUCCAGAGUGGAAGGGGAUUCCCAAGAAGUCUGAAAAUGAAGUAGCUCAAAAUGGAGGUGCAGAAGCUGCACAUAAUGAACCAGUGUCACCUAUACCUAAAGCUUUACCUGUUCCAAUUCCCGUUCCCCUGCCUGCACCAAUAACGGUACCUCCUCCACAGGUUCCACCACAUCCAUCAGGUCCUCCUGUGGUUGGUGCACUCCAACCACCUGCUUUCACAGCACCUUUAGGAAUCCCACCUCCUGGAUUUGCUCCCGGAGUGCCACCACCGCCACCACCUCCAUUUUUACGACCUGGUUUCAACCCAAUGCAUUUACCCCCAGGCUUUCUUCCUCCUGGACCACCACCACCUAUAACUCCUCCAGUAUCUGUUCCUCACACUCCGGCAGUAAACAUCCCAAAUUCCACAGCAACUGGUGUAAAUGAAGACACUACAAAAGAUUCAUCUGUAGGAAAUCCCAUCCCAACAGUGGUUUCUGGAUCCAGAGGGAAUGCUGAAACUACCGAUAGUUCCAAAAUAUAUGGGACUGUUCCACCUCCUGUAGCACCUACUAAUGUACCUGCUCCUGUCACCCAAACUAUUCCACUUCUUGGCACCCAAGGAGUUGCGCCGCCCCCGCCAGCCCCCGUUGUUGGGUUGCAGACUCCAUCCACCGGCCUCCUAGGCGCCCGGCCUGGUUUGAUACCGCUCCAGCGACCGCCGGGAAUGCCACCGCCUCCGCUGCAGCGGUUUCCCUUGAUGCCACCGCGACACAUGCCUCCCCACAUGAUGCACAGAGGGCCCCCGCCGGGGCCAGGGGGCUUUGGGAUGCCUCCCCCCCACGGAAUGAAAACCCCCUUCCCGCCGCCGGGUCACUUUGUGAGGCCCGGGGGGAUGCCGGGAAGCGGGGGGCCAGGCGGACCCGAGGAUAACAGAGAUGGGAGGCAGUUCAGGAAUGACAGGCAGACGUUCACGCCUAACAGAGACCAGGAAAGGUUUGGAAGGAGAUCUUUUGGAAACCGGGUAGAAAACGAUCGCGAGCGCUAUGGUAACCGCAACGACGACAGAGAUCACGAGCGCGCUGGUAAUCGUGAGAGGCGAGACUGGGGACGAAGAAGCCCCGAGCGUGACAGGCACAGAGACUUGGAGGACAGGAACAGGCGGUCCAGUGGCCAUCGAGACCGAGAGAGAGAUUCGAGGGACAGGGAGUCUCGCAGAGACAAGGAAGAAACUCGAGGCAAGGAAAAGCCGGAGAUGACAGACAGGGCAGAUGGCGACAAAAACCACGAGUCUCAUAGCGGCAAAAUGGAAGACGCAGACAUUGUUUCAGAACUUGCUGCGGGAGAGUCUGAACCUGCGGGUGUAAAACCCGUCGAAGAGUUAACACCCGAGGCUACCUCAUCUGCGGAACAGGCGGAAAAGGAUCUGGGCUCAGUGGCGGAGGCUCCUCGCUAGGGAGAGGACAGUGACAGUUGUUGGAGUGUAGAGCUUUAGAGUUGUACAGUCUGCUGUAUCAUACCGGCUUCUGCUUAUAUCACAGCCCCUCGGUAGUUGGUGGGGGAUCGUAAGCAAUUUGAUUGCUUCCCUUCUAUUUAAAAUAGCCACGCCGUAACAUGAAAUACUGAAGAUAUGAUUAAAAUAUUACCCAUUUUUGCUGUAACUUUUUUAAAGUUUUGACUUUAAAAAGUUUACAAAUCAGAAGUAGAAGUGCUUUCUAUUUUUUUUUUUUUAAUUUAAGAAAAGGUAACGGUGAAAGCUCCUCAAAACAAUAGGGAUGUGUUUUUAAUAAACUCUAUUUUCGUAACAAACUUUAACGUGUGCUAUUCUUCCUACACUGCACUGAAGCGGAGAAGGAGUGUUCAACAUCUUAAAGUUUGAACUGUUAAUGCUGUACUGGAGUCUAAAUUAGACUGCUCUGUUUAUAUUUGUUAAAUACAUUUGUUUGUGUGGCCAUUCACAGAAGCAAACUUCUAUUUGUAACAGUCAUCUUGGUUUUUAGGUUGCUGCAUUUUAAUGAUUACUUGACCAUACUAGGUGAAAGUUAGUGGGUUUAAAUUGUUCAUUAAUUGAAGAGUUAACUGUUUAGUGUUUGCAAUGCAAUCAGUUUUAUUUUUUUUUCCCCCCCCUCCCGACUGGUUCUGUGGUAAAUGUCGCCCUAAUGAGCCUUUUUUUUUAAAAAGCGGACGCCUCCAGACGUACUUCAGCCUGCUCUGCUUGUCGUGUGUCAAAGAUGAUUGCUGUGGGCGGUGGGCGAGGGCGCGCGCCAGGUCGGCACCUUUUGUACUUAAUUCAUUGAUGCUUUUUUGGAAAGAGAAAUCAAAAGACACCAAAAGAUGAUAGAGAAUGCUAACCUAUUUUUGUUAA